AUGGGAAAUUGCGAUAGUCAAUUAGCUGAGCAAAGCAAAAAGAAUCGAAAAAUCAAUGCAGAAUUGGUGAUUUCCAAAAAACAGGAUGAAAAUGUAAUCAAGCUAUUGUUACUUGGAGCUGGAGAAAGUGGAAAAUCGACUAUUCUAAAACAAAUGAAGUGAGUUUUGUUUUUAGAAAUUUUUGAGAUUCAACCCUUUAUUCAAAAUUUAGAAUAAUCCACGACAAUGGUUUCUCACACGAUGAAAGCGCUGACAAAAUAAAAGUUGUUUGUGCAAAUGCAAUUCAAGGAAUGGGUGCUUUGUUGCAAGGAAUGCAUUCAAUGCACAUUGAUUUUGCCUCGAAAAAUUGUGUUGCUCACGAAAAACUUGUUAUGAAAACUUUGGAGAAUGGAGAGGAGUUCAGAAAUUUUAACAAUGAGAUGUAUGAGGCAUUGAAAAUGUUGUGGAAAGAUAAAGGAGUUCGAGCGGCAUUUGAUAGUCGAGAGAAUUUUUAUCUUCAUGAUUCGGCACAAUAGUGAGUUUGAAGAAAACAGUGAGCAAAAAUCGAGUUGAGAGCCGGUUCUUGAUUUAUUUUUUAAGUUAGCUUAAAACUCAAAAAGCUUCUGAAUAUAAAAAAAAUUUUCCAAAAGUUGGAAGAGUUUUCACAAUAUUGUUCAAUUUCCAGCUUCUUCGAUGCUUUGGAUCGUAUAAAUGAUCGAAACUAUGUUCCAUCAGAACAAGAUAUUCUGCACACCCGAAUUCCAACAAUGGGAGUUAUUGAAGUAAAAUUUACCAUGAAAAAUAAAAUCUGGAGAGUUUUCGAUGUUGGCGGUCAAAGAUCGCAACGUAAAAAAUGGAUUCAUUGUUUCGAUGAUGCAAAAGCUCUAAUUUAUGUCGCAUCGUUAUCCGAAUUUGAUCAAGUUCUUCUUGAGGACAACGCUACGGUAUCUUUUUCAUAUCAAAACAAUAUUCCGAAAUUCUGAUAAUUUUCUUUUUUUCAGAAUCGUAUGCAAGAGUCGCUUCAACUCUUCAAACAAGUCAUUAAUAAUCGCUAUUUCACAAACACGUCAGUCAUUUUGUUUUUGAACAAAAAGGAUUUGUUUGAGCAGAAAAUUAUGAACAAAAAACGUUCGAUUCGAAAAGCAUUUCCAAAUUACCAAGGUUUGUUUAUUUUUUUUGAUUUUUGAUUUUUGACUUUACUAUAAUUGUAUGUUUAUACUUCUAACAUCAAAUUCGAAUUCAAUAAAUUCUAAACAAAAAAGUAGCAGGUGAAUUUUUUCAGGGCCUGAUGAAAACUACGAUGCAGCUGUUGAAUAUAUCGAGAAACAAUAUAAUAUGGUAAAUGAAAACACUGACAAAAAUAUUUAUGUUCAUCACACUUGUGCCACUGAUACUGAACAAGUUCAAUUUGUUCUUGACUCGGUUUUAGAUACAAUUUUGUCUAGUAAACUUAAAGGUUGUGGACUUUAUUGA